GACUUGUCAGUUGCAGACAUGUUGAUAGAGGAACCCGGUUAGACAGAAGAAGCUAUCAAAGUUGAACAUUGUGACAGAGUUAGAUGAGAGGAGUGGCAUUUAUAAAGUGUAUGUCAUAAUGAAAUGUGUGAGGUAUAAAAGGCUAUGCGCAUUGUAUAAUAUUCAGAGCUCUCGUGAUUAAAGAAUCUGACUCUUGAAAGCUUGGUCUCCAUCUGCUUCAUUUAAACCAGAACCUUACAAACUCUGGGUUGCAGACUGAGUAGAUGAAUUAAAGUUCAGUUUAAGAACAUUGAGAACAUAAUUCUCUUAACACAUACUCAACUAUCGACUGGACAGCCAAGUUAUCUAGACAGGCCUACAUUUGAGCUGUUGAAGUGAGAUAGGUACAAUGGAGGACAGAAGCCUUCCUCGUAUUGUGGUCAUUACACUGUCUGUGCUGAUCUACAUUUCUGCUUUGGCAAUAAAUGCCAUGGCAGGAGCUGGAAAGGGACCAUUCCACUGGAGUACAGGGAACAUCUCCAGGAAGUAUGAGACUGACAUAACUCCGGCCGGAUGGACCUUCUCCAUCUGGGGGCUUAUCUACACCUGGCUGACCCUCAUGGUCAUGUAUAUCAUCUCCUUGAUCUACAGAGGGAGCUGGACCCUCUCUGUGCUACUGUACGGUUUCUACCUGUCCUGGAUAGUUAACAUGGCCCUCAACAUGACCUGGCUGCUCCUAUGGGAUCAAGAGCAGGUGACUGCGGCAUUGAUUGUAAUGGCGACCAUUGCUGUCACCAACUACUCCAUGGUCUUCUUCUCCUGCUAUGGGCUGAGUGUUUACGGAGCCUGGCUCAGCCAGAACCAUCCCAGGGACCUCUGGUGCAUUCGGUUGCUGGUGCAAAAUGGCAUUGCGCUGUAUAGCACGUGGACAACCAUCGCCACUUUGAUCAACUUCACUCUGGUGUUGGACCUCUCUGGAGUGGCAAAGAACACUGCAGCCACCGUGUCUCUCUGCAUCCUACUGGUGGAGGUGAUCGGAUGGUUUGGUAUUGAGAACUUCCUGCUGUAUCAACAUGUGAGGUACAUCCUGACUAUUUACCCUGUGGUGAUCAUUGCUCUGGUUGGAAACGUGACCAAGCACUACAACCCUGCAGCACCAAGCGCUAACGCUAUCUUCAUGGUUGUGCUCUUGGUGAUUUCCUGUGUGCUCCUGGUGGUGCGAGUCUCCCUGGUGAUCAGGAGAACCAGGAACCAGACCCUUCACCCGGAGGCUCUGAACUCACCCAGCAGCCUGUCCAAGAAGCAGAGGAAGAUACUCAUGUAGACAACUGGUACACACUUACUUACUUACUGACUUUAUUGUCCCCAUGGGGAAAUUUUGUUGCAGUGUCAUGUACACGUUUAAAGUGG